AUGCCACUCUCAUUUGUUCCUUUGACUUUUCCUUCUUCUCUAGACUCCACCAAGUUUAAAGACUUCGGGAGAGAAGUCGUAGGUGCCGCACCAGGCAACCUCACAGAAGAAGAAUUCAAGGCUGUCGAGGCAGCCCUAUACCGUCACGAUUUACUCUUAUUCCGUAAUGCCAGCCUAACGCCUGACCAGCAAUAUUCUCUGGUUAAGUCAUUUGACCCUCAAUCUGAGCACUAUGGUCAUGGAAACAAACAGCUCGACAAAACCAAACAGUCGAUCAUCCACUCUUACGUUUCCAGUCUACCAAACACACCUCAAGUCCAGAUCAUAGGCCACGGUACCAUCAAAAACCAUGAAGGUAUUGAGGAGAGGAUACUCAAACACGGACGACACCCAGAAUUUCACAAGACUAGAAUUUCCGAAGAAGAUGAAGCCAAAGGCUUCACCCGAUUUUUCAGAUGGCACAUGGACGCUGCACUGUACGACUUGAAUGUUCCGAAAGUAACUGCAUUGUAUGGGAUUAUGGUACCAAAGGGACCUACUCAGACAGUAAGAUACGACGACGGGACCGGAGACGAACUCUCCGUUUCCCUAGGUACCACCGCGUUUGUGUCUGGAAAGGUCAUGUUCGAAAUCUUGCCUGCAGAAUUAAAGAGUCUUGCUGUCCGGGCUAGGGCCAAAUACGCUCCCCACCCGUUUCAAUGGCUUCGAAAUGCGAAGGCGAAAUCCACCGGUAUCUCUCUCGAGACUGAAGGAUUGGAGACUCCAUUGCACGACCUUCCGCCUUGGGAAGAAGAAAAAAUCAAAGUGUAUCCAUUCACAUGGAAAAAUCCAAUUACGGGCGAUUUGCACCUUCAGGUUCAUCCACUUUUGGUCAUGGAGAUACAAGUCGACCCGCUACCUCAAGGACAUCAUACGGAAAGUGCAUUAUACCCUUUCGGCGGAACUAUAUCGAACUUGAAAGAAAUACGGGAUUUAUUGUACAGAAUGCAGCGCCCAGGAAUCGCGCCUAACCUAGUAUACGCUCACCCUUGGGAGGAGAGAGACCUCGUCCUCUUCAACAAUAGGGGUCUGAUGCACUCCGUGGUGGGGGUUUCGCUUGGCCCAUGA